UUCGUUUCUAGUUCCCACUUCACAAUUUCAGUUAAAAUAUCAUCAAGAAAAAACGUAGUCUCAUAUAAGUUCAUAACACUAUUUAUUUAUUCUAAUUCUAAUGCUACACCAUCGUUGUAGCUUUGCUCCGCCGUUAACCACCGUCAUAAGUAACCACCUCUUUUUCAUACCUUCAACAUCAUCAUGUCAAGCCCUAAUUCCAGAUCAUUGAACUGGCACUACACUGAGCUUGAUGAUAGAGACCUAGAAAUCAAAGGCAGAACACUUUUCUUCGUUAUUGUACUCUUCUCAAUUUUCCUUCUUGUUAUCGUUCUCUUCUUCUACACACGUUGGGUCUGCCGCUACCAUACUCACAUCACCACGACAUACUCCGCCUCCAUCCACGCGCCGCCAGCUCAACCACCUCAAGGAUUAGACCCUGCUGCAAUCAAGAAACUGCCCAUUAUUCUUCAUCAAGCUCCGACGGACCCCGAGAACGGCGCGUGGGAAGAGACUGAGUGUUGUAUUUGUCUUGGAGAAUUUAGAGACGGUGAGAAACUGAAGGUUUUACCAGGGUGUGAACAUUAUUUUCAUUGUGAUUGUGUUGAUAAGUGGUUAACUCAUCAAUCUAGUUGUCCACUUUGUAGAGGUUCUCUCAAAGUUGAACCUUCUUUUCCUAAGAUUUUGAUUCAAGAACCACCCAUUAGAAUUGAUAUUCAAUUCUAGCUCUUAAUCUCAUUCAUGGAUCUUAAUCUCAUUUUACAAAUAUUAAUAAAAAUUAUGGCUUUUCUUAAUUUUA